GGGAAUAAUGCGCAAGAGGAAGUGAGCCGGCUCUAUGUCUGCGCGCUCCGACUUCCUGCUCUGAAGAAGGAGAAAAAAACCUCYGGAUCCCCUUACAGUCUCAAGCGCCGCAGCCCAGACGGCAUCAGCAUGGAAAACCAGCGCAUUAUACGGAAUUCUCUUUAAAAACAUAUACGGAAGGAAAGUAGACGUCUAACACCAGGUCAUGGAGAGUGCCAUCACGUUGUGGCAGUUCCUGCUGCAGCUGUUAUUGGACCAGAGCCACAAGCACCUGAUCUGCUGGACGUCUAACGACGGGGAGUUUAARCUGCUCAAGUCAGAAGAGGUGGCCAAGCUGUGGGGCCUGAGGAAGAACAAGACCAACAUGAACUAUGACAAGCUGAGCCGCGCCCUGCGUUACUACUAUGACAAGAACAUCAUCAAGAAGGUGAUUGGCCAGAAGUUUGUGUACAAAUUUGUGUCCUUCCCCGAGAUCCUGAAGAUGGACCCCGCGGCGGUGGAGAUGGGGGUGCGGGUGUGUGAUGAGGCUGGUGGGGCCCUGUCAGAGGGAGAGGGGGAUGAGGAGGGGGUGAGGGGUGGCCCGCCAGGGAGGAACGAGUACCUCCACUCAGGCCUCUACUCCUCCUUUACCGUCAGCUCCCUCCAGCAUCCCCAGGACCUCCUCCGCCCCCCUGAUUUACUCCGGCCAAUCAAGGUGGAGCCUCGACAUGAUCACCAUGACGACAGUGGCACGGUGAUUCGCUUUGUUCAGAACCGCAGCCAUAAGGGCGUUGCACUGCCGGUGGUGUCUCUGCCGUCAUCCCCGCUCCCUUCCUCCAAUGAGGGCUACUAUUCAUCCAAACCUUCCCCAAGGCUAGCCCACUCCUCGUCCUGCUCCUCCUCCCCAUCACACAGCCCCACACACACACUCUGGAGGGCACGGAGCCCCGCCCCUGAGACUGACGAAUUAGAGCAGAGCGCUCAACCCCUUAACCUAUCAUCUGGUCACAGAGAUCGUGGCCAGGCCACACCCACACCAGAGAAGAGGGGCUUAGCCAAUAGCGUCCCGCCAAAAACCAGGAAGCCUAAAGGCCUGGAGAUAUCCGCACCCUCCCUGCUCCUGACAGCCAAUGACAUUGGCUCUAUCGCCCUCAACAGUCCUGCACUGCCCUCAGGGUCCCUAACACCAGCCUUCUUCACUGCACAGACUCCCUCAGGUCUCAUCCUCACCCCCAGUCCCCUGCUGUCCAGUAUCCAUUUCUGGAGCAGCUUGAGUCCCGUAGGACCCCUGAGCCCCGCUCGCCUGCAGGGCCAUGGACCCCUGUUCCAGGUAAGACACACACACACACUCUAAAAGAGAAUAGAGAGAGGAGAAAGGAAAGAAAGAGUGACACCACCUGGAGUGAAGACUGAUGGAAGGGAGUUGAGAGAGGGAGGGACAGAGGGGAAAGUUGUGGGAUGGGUGACAGAAAGGGGGAGGACAGUAUAGUAUUUAUAUGCUUGUUCGUACUGAGAGGGAAAGGGCUCCACUCUAACUGGUAAAAAAAAGGAGGGAUAGUGAAUGUUGACAGUCUGAGUUAGAAGUUUGAGCUACAACUAGGGYUGCAAAAUUCCGGGAACGUUCAAUAAAAUCCCUUGUUUCCCGAAAUCCCAGUUGGAGGGUCCCGGAACCAGGAGGGAAUAAGCAGUAAAUCUGCAAUCCUCCAUCCAGGACUUCUGGAAAACCAGAUUUUAUUUUGAAAGUUCCCUGAAUUUUGCAACCUUUGCUAAUACAGAAGAUUUCCCAAACAGCCUCAUUUUUCAACAACGUCACAUGACACUGCCGCUAUUUAGUUCUGUGUGUGUGAGCGGUUCGCUGUGAUUAUACUUAAGUGUGUGUAUGUGUGUGAUUCACUGUGUGCUGGGGUUUCAAAAUAAGCUACAGAUGUUUCCUUUCUGGUGUAGACCAGGAGUGGGGGGGCUGCUUCCUGCUCGGGAGGGGGGGGGGGGGGGUCAGGAGCCCACCCACUCCCAUCAGCCCUCUCACAACAGGAAGUGCCUCUCCUCCCAUCGUCAGGAGGGAUGGGCGUUAAAAUACCUCGGCCACCAUUUUAGGGAUUCUUAAACCCAGUCAGCGUCUCCAGAGUUACCCAGAGUUUGGGCUGGAGUUCUUUCAAAAUAAGUUAUCAUUUGUAGUAGUAGUACACAUGUAUAACACUAGAAUAGGGAAUAUGAUUAAUGUACUUUACCUCAGUAUAAUAUGGGGGGCAUUAUUAUUAUUAAUGUGUGGUAUUUGCUAUCUGACAGUGGAUCUCAGCAGUCUUGUCCUUUGUCUCUCUGUUUAGUUCCCCCCUCCUGAA